CAUCACGUGGCUCAACCUCCUUUCUUUUCUCGGCUGUGUCUACCUACUUCUCUCACCUUACCUACCCUCAAUCACCUAUUUUUUCUGCCUUCUGCACGGCUACCAUAUUAUAAUUAUGAUAUGUGAUACGGAGAGAGCGAAAAGGACGAGACAGAGAGCUAGCGGCCAGUCUUAAGGGGGAGAGAGAGAGAGAGAAAGCGACUGAUGGCAAACAGGAUAGACGAAGUGGGCAUCGAAGAUUUGUGUAGGGCAGGCGGAGGAUUAAGCAUGGAGGAGGCCAAAGAGAUCCAUCAAGUCAUAAAAGAGGCAAUUUCAAAAGCGAAAGCAAGCGGAAAAUUAUUGGGAAGAGAAGUGUGGAGAGAGGUGGUGGGUAGGAGAGUGCUAAAGCCUUGCCAUCCGCAUUCACUCCACCAACUUGUCUACUACUCUGUCUAUGCCCACUGGGAUGCUUCCACUAACGGUCCCCCUCUUUACUGGUUCCCUUCUCUAUAUGAGUCUAAACUUACAAACUUGGGACGAACAAUGGAAACUCAUGGUCCAAAGCUGUUAGGGACUUCAUACAACGAUCCCAUUGCAAGUUUUAACCUCUUUCGGUAUUUCACUGUCCAACAUCCUGAGGUUUAUUGGUCAAUCAUUCUAAAAGAGCUUUCAGUUACAUUUCAUGAAUCUCCCAAGGGCAUUCUGGAUAACACCGACAUAUCAAGACCUGGGGGAACUUGGCUUCCUGGUUCAGUUUUGAAUAUUGCUGAAUGUUGCUUAUUGCCCUCAACUCAUCCCAGAAAAGAGGAUAAUAGUUGUGCAAUUGUAUGGAGAGAUGAAGGCAAAGAUGAUUCCAAUGUGAACCGUAUGACACUUAAACAACUUCGAGAACAAGUGAUGUUGGUGGCAAAUGCACUAGAUUCAACUUUUCAAAAGGGUGAUGCAAUCGCAAUUGAUAUGCCAAUGACAGUCAAUGCAGUUAUUAUAUACCUGGCAAUAGUGUUAGCUGGAUUUGUUGUUGUAUCUAUAGCUGAUAGUUUUGCUGCAAAGGAAAUUGCAACACGUUUGCAGAUCUCUAAGGCGAAGGCUAUCUUCACUCAGGAUUUCAUACUAAGAGGAGGUCGAAAGUUUCCUCUAUACAGUCGAGUUGUAGAAGCUUCUCCAUAUAAAGCUAUUGUGCUCCCUGUGUAUGGGAAUGAUGUAGGUAUUCAAUUAAGAGAACAAGAUCUAUCAUGGAAAGAUUUUCUCGCGCAUGACAAUCAACAUCCAAGAUCAAAUCAUUUCACUCCAAGUUAUCGACCAAUAGAUUCUACAAUUAACAUACUAUUCUCGUCUGGAACCACAGGAGAACCAAAAGCUAUUCCAUGGACACAACUUUCACCUAUUCGGUGUUCUUCUGAUGCAUGGGCUCACCUUAAUGUUGGAGUUGGAGAUGUUUACUGCUGGCCUACGAAUCUAGGAUGGGUGAUGGGACCGAUUUUACUCUUCUCAUGUUUUCUAACUGGUGCAACCCUUGCUCUCUAUCAUGGAUCUCCUUUGGACUGUGGUUUUGGAAAAUUUGUUCAGGAUGCAGGAGUAACUGUUUUGGGCACAGUUCCAAGCUUAGUGAAAACUUGGAAGAAUACGAAGUGUAUGGAAGGCUUAGACUGGACAAAGAUAAAAUGUUUUGGUAGCACUGGAGAAGCCUCUAAUGUUGAUGAUGACCUUUGGCUUUCCUCAAAAUCUUAUUACAAGCCUGUUAUUGAAUGUUGCGGAGGCACAGAGCUAGCAUCAUCUUACAUCCAAGGAAGUCCACUGCAGCCACAAGCUUUUGGAGCAUUUAGCACUGCAUCAAUGACAACCGGCCUAGUUAUCUUGGAUGAGCAUGGAGUUCCCUAUCCGGAUGAUAAAGCUUGUGUUGGUGAAGUUGGUUUAUUCCCUCUCUACUUGGGAGCAACUGAUAGACUGCUUAAUGCUGAUCAUGAGGAGGUUUACUUCAAGGGAAUGCCGACAUAUAAUGGAAUGCGCCUCAGGAGACAUGGGGAUAUUCUCAUGAGAACUGUUGGAGGCUACCUUGUUGUGCAAGGAAGGGCUGAUGAUACAAUGAAUCUUGGUGGCAUUAAGACAAGCUCUGUUGAAAUUGAACGUGUUUGUGACCGCGCGGAUGAAAGCGUCUUGGAGACUGCUGCAGUCAGUGUAGCACCACCCGAUGGUGGUCCGGAAUUGUUGAUGAUUUUCGUGGUGCUAAAGAAAGGGUUUUAUCAACAACCUGAGAAACUGAAGACGAAAUUCUCGAAAGCCAUUCAAACCAACCUCAACCCCUUGUUCAAGGUUAGCUCUGUGAAGAUAAUCCCAGAGUUUCCUAGAACUGCUUCUAACAAAUUACUUAGGAGAGUUUUGAGGGACCAAAUAAAGUAUGAACUGUCUGUCAGAAGUAGGAUGUGAAGGCAGCUUCAGGAUUGCUUGAUGUAUCAUAUACCUAAUUCUAAUUGGUAAUGAUUUUUCGUUUCUCCCAUUUUUUUGUGGAUCUGGAUGUGUACGGAUGAAAAUUUUGAAAUGAUUGGUUCUUUCAAAUUUCAUUCUGCCGUCUAUAUUUUAUACUUUAUUGUUAUUGGAUUAGACCUGUUUAAGAGACGCGUACAUGUACACAUGCGCGGGCGGA